GGCCUGCAAGGAUGCUGGCUGUCCCGGAGAUGGGGCUGCAGGGGCUGUACAUCGGUUCCAGCCCAGAGCGUUCUCCAGUGCCCAGCCCACCCGGCUCCCCAAGAACCCAGGAAAGCUGUGGCAUUGCCCCCCUCACACCCUCACAGUCUCCUAAGCCUGAGGCCCGAGCCCCCCAGCAGGCUUCCUUCUCUGUAGUGGUGGCCAUUGACUUUGGCACUACAUCCAGUGGCUAUGCCUUCAGCUUUGCCAGUGACCCUGAGACCAUCCACAUGAUGCGGAAAUGGGAGGGCGGAGAUCCGGGCGUUGCUCAUCAGAAGACCCCAACCUGUCUGCUGCUGACUCCGGAGGGCGCCUUUCACAGCUUUGGCUACACCGCCCGCGAUUACUACCACGACCUGGACCCGGAGGAGGCGCGGGACUGGCUCUACUUCGAGAAAUUCAAGAUGAAGAUCCACAGCGCCACUGAUCUCACACUGAAGACCCAGCUAGAGGCAGUAAAUGGAAAGAAGAUGCCGGCCCUGGAGGUGUUCGCCCAUGCCUUGCGCUUCUUCAAGGAGCAUGCUCUUCAGGAACUGAGAGAGCAGUGCCCAUCACUGCCGGAGAAGGACACUGUGCGCUGGGUACUGACGGUGCCUGCCAUCUGGAAACAGCCUGCCAAGCAGUUCAUGCGGGAGGCUGCCUACCUGGCUGGACUGGUGUCUCGAGAGAAUGCAGACCAACUACUUAUCGCCCUGGAGCCUGAGGCCGCGUCUGUGUACUGUCGUAAGCUGCGUCUGCACCAGCUCAUGGACCUGAGCAGUCGGGCCCCAGGUGGUGGGCGCCUAGGCGAACGCCGCUCCAUCGACUCCAGCUUCCGGCAGGCCCGAGAGCAGCUGCGAAGGUCCCGCCACAGCCGCACGUUCCUGGUGGAGUCUGGUGUAGGAGAGCUGUGGGCAGAGAUGCAAGCAGGAGACCGCUACAUGGUGGCAGACUGCGGCGGAGGUACGGUGGACCUGACCGUGCACCAGCUGGAGCAGCCCCACGGCACCCUCAAGGAGCUCUACAAGGCGUCGGGCGGCCCUUAUGGCGCGGUGGGCGUCGACCUGGCCUUUGAACAGCUGCUGUGCCGCAUAUUCGGCGAGGACUUUAUUGCCACCUUCAAAAGGCAACGGCCGGCAGCCUGGGUGGAUCUGACCAUCGCCUUCGAGGCUCGCAAACGCACUGCCGGCCCGCACCGUGCAGGGGCGCUCAACAUCUCGCUGCCCUUUUCCUUCAUUGACUUCUACCGCAGGCAGCGAGGCCACAAUGUGGAGACAGCUCUGCGCCGGAGCAGCGUGAACUUCGUGAAGUGGUCCUCACAGGGGAUGCUCAGAAUGUCGUGUGAGGCCAUGAACGAGCUCUUUCAGCCCACCGUCAACGCCAUCAUCCAGCACAUAGAGGCACUGCUAGCGCGGCCGGAGGUGCAGGGCGUGAAGCUCCUGUUCCUGGUAGGCGGCUUCGCAGAGUCAGCUGUGCUACAGAACGCGGUGCAGACAGCACUGGGUGCCCGCGGCCUGCGAGUAGUGGUCCCACACGACGUGGGCCUCACCAUUCUCAAGGGUGCUGUGCUCUUCGGCCAGGCGCCGGGCGUGGUGCGGGUGCGUCGCUCGCCUCUCACCUAUGGCGUAGGCGUGCUCAACCGCUUUGUGGCUGGGCGCCACCCGCCAGACAAGCUGCUGGUGCGCGAUGGCCGUCGCUGGUGUACCGACGUCUUCGAGCGCUUCGUGGCCGCGGAGCAGUCGGUGGCCCUGGGCGAGGAGGUGCGGCGCAGCUACUGCCCCGCGCGCCCGGGCCAGCGGCGCGUGCUCAUCAAUCUGUACUGCUGCACCGCCGAGGACGCGCACUUCAUUACCGACCCAGGCGUGCGCAAGUGCGGCGCGCUCAGCCUGGAGCUCGAGCCCGCCGACGGCAGCCCAGACACCGCCGGCGCGCCCCCUGGCCGCCGCGAAAUCCGCACAGCCAUGCAGUUCGGCGACACCGAGAUUAAGGUCACCGCCGUCGACGUCAGCACCAAUCGCUCGGUGCGUGCAGCCAUCGACUUUCUUUCCAACUGAGCGCGCGCGGGCGCUUUACCAGCCCCCUCAGUCCCGCCCCCUUUCCGUCUCAGUGUCUGGGGGCCGGGUAGGGCGGAGCGGAGGGACCGCGAGUUCCGAUACCAUCGCCUCUGUCCCCGCCUCCAGCCCGCGGAGAUGAGGUCAUGGAGGGUGGAUGCGGACACAACCAGACUAUGGCCUUUGGGGUAGGACCCUGUCCGCUGACUGGAAGGCUGAAAGGACCCGUCAAGUACUGAGUGGGUAUGGAUUACUUAGAAGAGGCUUGCAAGACCAUGCGCCCAGCCUGGCAGGGAGUUUGCGACUCCGAAGGCAAAAUACAACGGAAGACCAAGCCCUGGCCUAAAAUUGGGAGCCCUGGCCUAAAAUUGAGAGCCCUGGCCUUAAUGUGGCAGGGUGGGGAUGGAGGGAGGAGGAUGGAGGCAGUGGGCAGGGAGAGGCUGA